AUGAUCAGCAGAGUUCUGGAGGGAAAGCACUUCUCUGGAGACGUGGACAUCUUCCUGGAUGUGCAAAAGGCGAUACGCGCCUGGAUGAAGGAGCCGCUGCAGCGCGCUGUUGCAGCAGCCCCCACUCACGACGACAGUGCAGAAUUGAUUUGGUACCUGCAGCGGAUGCCAAACGCAACCCUGGGUCCGUACCUGCAGAAUCACAUCGAGUUUCGCAAGUUCGAUCGGUUCUAUCGGAAAUACUACCCUGCAAUGCGAGAAGGCAUCUCUUCGGGAAGAGCCUGGGAGAUCAAGACAUGGUUGUACGAUCCGAUGCAGGAUUUCAUCGCAGCGGAAGUUUUUGAGCUGCAAUAUCUCAAAGAUCCUGUGGUCGAGGCCCUCUC